UUACUGUUUGAAAUUUGAUAUAGGUGCUAACUUUUCUCAAUUUUACAGUCAUACAGAUAUUUUAAAAAAUAAAAGAAUAUAAAAACAUUAAGGUCCACGUCAGCAGCGUAAAGCGGAGAAGACAAAAUAAUCAUCACGAAAGAAACAUUAUCGUUCUUUCACCUUGUGCGAAAAAAAGCAAACAAUUUUGAAAUUCAAGGUCGAUAUCUCCACCAAACGACGUCGUAGGAACAUGUCUUGGCUGGCUCGCUCCAUCGCCGACAGUCUCCGCCUCGAUGAUGAAGAAGAAGAUGCAACGGCGGCGGCGGCGGUGGAGGAGGCCAUGAAGCCCGUAGAAGACUCCGUUCCACGACCCACUGCAAACGACACCAUGCUCCAGGAGGAUCACCCUCGCGACUCCGCGUUCUCAAUCGAAGAUCGCCGAUCGGAUAGUGAUGGCGGCGCCAGUGGUAAUCACGGUGUCGACGAAGAUGUUGAAGGCGAUUACGAUCGCCGUGGAGUGAAAGAGGAUUUAUCGGAAUUUCGAGAAAGUCUCACGCGUCAAUUUUGGGGCGUUGCUUCUUUUCUCGCUCCUCCGCCUCCGCCUCCCCCUCCGCCGCCAUUGUUUAAUAGAUCGAGCAUACAAUUGGAAUCUGAUCUGGCCGGUUCGGUUAAUGCUGAUGAGGAAGGGGAAGAAGAAUUGUUGGAGUAUGAUGAGAGAGAGUCUGGUCAAUCAGGGGAAUCUGCAAAUUCUUCACCAUCGAAGGAUGAUGAUGAAGAUACUUUAGAGGAUGCAGUAGGGAUUACUGAGGAAGUGUUGGCUUUUGCAAGGAACAUCGCGCAUCAUCCAGAAACCUGGUUGGAUUUCCCAAUAGAGGAAGAGGAAUUUGAUGAUUUUGAUAUAUCCGAGGCCCAGUACAAGCAUGCAUUGGCUAUUGAGCAUUUAGCACCAAGAUUAGCUGCUCUCAGAUUUGAACUUUGUCCAGUCCAUAUGGGUGUGGGCUACUUUUGGAUGAUCUACUUCGUUCUUCUACACUCAAGGUUAAAUAAACAUGAUGCUAACCUGCUGUCUUCGCCACAGCUUGUGCAAGCGAGGGCCGUGUGGAUGCACGAGCUACAAAAGCAAACUAAAGGGGACUCCUAUUGGUCAGGAAUAAGUAGUUUCCAAUCCAAAGGUAGCACAGAUUCACCUCGUGAAAAUAUUGUCUGCACUUAUGAUGAUGUUCAGUAUGGAAAUGAGUCAGACUGGAGGUCGGUUUCUGAAUCUUCAACGCAUCAAAUGGCCGCUGAGCAUGAGAUUGAGAAGCACGUACUUGAUGAAAUUGAGUUUAUUGACAAGUCUGUUAUCAAGGAAGAUCCACCACCCAAACUUCUGGAUAAGGAGAUUGUUGUGGGUUCUUCCAUUGAAAUUCCUAUGCCAGUUGUUGUGGUUGUUACUAAUGAUGAUGAUGAUGACGAUGAGGAUGCCUGGCUUAAGGAUGACUCGGACUUAAUAGGGUAUACCGGCACCUCACUUAGUUUGAAUGAAGAUGAUAUAUCGUUUAGUGAUCUGGAGGACGAUUUAGACUCCACUCUGCCCUAUAAAUACAAAACAUCUUCAACUGAAAGGAGUAGAACAACCAAAACUCCAUGAGCCGGGAAGAUCGCUCUAGAGAUCAUCACUUGGGGGACGUGAGUGGAACUUGUGCCGGCCUUUCUCAGUCCUUGCACGGAUCACUCGUAUACUGGUUUUCCAGAUUGAAGGAGCCACGAGUCACUUGAUCGUGCUUGGUUGUGCAUGAUUUACUAUACUUCUGGCAACACCAUCCUCGAACCCUAGCUGCUGAAGUUUGCUGCACACGAUGAGAUCACAGCUGAGGUAAUUUUAGAUGAUCUCAUAGAUAUACUAUAUUGUAUGUUCACUAAAAGCAGUGAGCAGGAGCACUUUUUUCUUGUUUAUGUGUUAUUUGAUUUCUUGAAAAGCUGAAGCAAACAGCUUUUAUUAGACAACUAUAGAUUCAAAUGUAAGAUUUCAAACUACAGGCCUACAGCUGUUUGGAUGCACAUAUGACAAGAAAAUACAAUAAGCAUAAAUUGUUGAAUGAAUUUGGUCUGUGGUAAA